CGGCAGUACAUUCGUCAGCGCAUAGUUUGCUUCCGGCCAAAGCCGGAUCACUAACAACCGCUCUCGCCUUUUCAUUCAAAUGACCGGGACAAUUUCUACCCUUACCCGUUUCUCUGAGGACGUCCCCGCCAAUUUACCACCGCCCGAGCAAAUCGUCGCUCUUUGCAAGGAGGCUGGCUACAACAGGCACGGGAUCCCCUUCAUUGGCCCUUUUGGGGCCGUUUUGGCCUGGUUCAAGUAUGGGCCGCAUGUCACCUUGGAUGAAGCGUUCACUCAGGUCUGGGUCGCGAGGCACCUGAAUGCGAAACCAGAGGACGGCGUGAAGGUCCCGCAAGUCUUCAUGGCGUUCACGAGCCCUCAUCCUGCCUGCACUAUCGGCUUUAUCAUCAUGGAGUAUAUUGCUGCUCCUGACUGCACGAGUGGAGACUACGAGCGGGUAGCACAGGCUGUGAACACGCUCAUCCGUAUCAAAGCUCCAAACUCUGUACCCGGACCCAUUGGCGGCGGGGCAGUGGUUCACAGCUUUUUCCCCGAAUGGACGUCUGGUAUCAGGUACAAGACAAGCAAAGAGCUUCAGAGUCACCUAAACCAGAUCCUCAAAAUCAACAAAGAUAAUAAGCGGGUCAGCUUUGAGGCAGAAGGUCUUUACCUUUGCCCGGUCGAUAUCAAUCCGGGCCACUUCAAGAAGCUCGAAGACGGCAGGAUUGUGGUACUGGAUUUCCGAGCGACAUGCUUUUUACCUGAAUCCUUUAUCGCUUAUGCGAUGCAGAAGCCAGUUCACAAGUUCAAGCAGAUGGUUGCCAAGUACGUUAAUUAUCCGGCGUCGAACAACGUCGAGGCAAUGGCUGUUGCAUCUGGUUACCUGGUUUACUACGGAAGAAGCAACAUUGGACUUCCGACGAACGUCCUCCGGCGCAUGCGACGCUAACGCAUUCCGGUCUGCACUUCUCUUGUGUUCUUGUAGCGACUGUUGUCCUUGACUUGCCGUCUGUAUUACCGCAUAUACAUCUGUCAAUUAGUACUAUCGUUGCCGGUGAAAAGGCCCAUAGAAAAG